AUGAGCUCCUCAAAACGUUCGUUAAAGGAGAUAUUGGAUUCUGAAUAUGUCGAUAAUAGCGAUGAAGAAGAACCACAUUCAAAUGGGCAUGCAUUCUCUGACACCGAGUUAGAAGAUGAAGAAAUAGAUCCAAGUCUAUGUAUCGAAUGUAAAGAUAUGAAAGCGGAAAUCAUUUGCAAUGAUUGUGAAGAGAGAUUUUGUGUUGUUUGCUUCGAAAUGAUCCAUAGAGGUGGGAAAAGACGUAGGCAUGAAUAUGUGAAAAUCAAUGAUGACGCUCAUAAAAAUGACACAGAAGCUACGGAAUCACCUAACGAUGAUAUACAGCCAAGAUUACCUGAGACUGAAGAUGGACAGAAGAAACUCCAAGACGAGAUAAAUAAAGGUGAUAAGGAAGAAGUUUCAAAUAAUUCUAGGAAUGGAAAUUCCAUUGAUGAUAAGCUGUUAAAGUCUUUAAAAGAAAGUUCUCGUUUUAUUCCAAUGAGAUUGACAUCUGAAGAGCGUCAUUUAUUGAAAUUAUUAGAGGCAGCAUUACAAGUUUCUGAAUAUACAGAUCGGGUUGAUAUCUUAUCGUAUACCUCAAAAUCGAAAAGAAUCGUAGCACAAUUGAAGGAAAUUUGUUCUGUACUAUCGGGAUUAGUGGUUGCAUCAAAUUUGAAAGUUGGUCAGAAAUUAUUAGAAAUGAAAAAUUUUAAUGAUAAUGCCAAGUGGUUCCAAGAUAUAUUUGAAAUCGGAAGACGUUAUAAGAUCAUGAACCCAGAGAGGAUGAGAGAUACAUAUGGUAAACUUUGUUAUAUGGUUAUGGACUCACGAUUACCUCAGAUUGAAGAACAUAUGGAGUUCCAUUUUUUCAAGCCAAUCACCACAAUACAAUCCUUUCUAACCUCUAGAUCUGAGGAUAAAGGUAAAGUAUUAGAAAUGUUUAAUGAUAAAAUGAUUUUGUAUGGUACUGCUCAUAUUUCUCCCGUAGGUAGGGCAAGAGCACAAAUUAGCAAAUUGAUCAAACAGAAAGAAACAGCUAUUGAAAUGUUAGCUUCAAAAUACAGUACUAAAUAUUAUUCCAAAGAAGAUAUACGUCAAGUACUAUAUUCCAUUGGUGAUUAUAAUGCCUACGUGAAUAUGAAUAGACGACCAAUUAUGAGAAUGCUCGAAAGAUUAGACGUUUUCACCCAACCAGAAAUUGCAUCCAAAUAUUCUCUUGGUAUUCAAUACGGCAGAAACGGUUCAAGAUUAACUCAUGAUCAUCAAAGACAAUGGAAUUAUGUUCAACAAUCUCUGACACUAUGGUCUAUCAUUCAAAGAGAAAUGGUUCGUUUAUGGUAUAUGGCUGAUUCUGAUUUGUUUGAUGGACAUCAAUAUAAGUUAGCAUCCACUGGUCAUGGAUUGAAUAGGAUUAAAUCAUGUCCAACCAUUUAUAAAGCUAUGCAUGAGAUCAUAUCCGAAUGUCGCUCAAAGACAGAUUCCUGGGUUGGUUCAUCUGUGGUACAUCUUGGUGAUGAUGCUGUUCCAAAUGCAUUAUUUUUCCUUGAUAAAUACACACAAAUCCCAAGUAUCUUGAUCCCUUUUGAUCAAACAUUAUUAAAGAUCAAUGAGUUAGUGGCUAAGGAUGAAUAUUUAUUGGAAUACAUAAACAAGGAAUAUGGAUCCGUUGAUGAUUUGAAAUUAACAAUUUUACAGGACGCAUUUGCUCAUAUGUUUGAUGGAUCUGGUGCUGAUAACUUUUACAUGAGCGGUUCAUGUAUUGAUGGCCGUCUAACAUCCGCUUGGAAUCAUUGUAAUGAAAUUUCUAAAAAGAAAUAUUACAAUAUCUUCCUACUAUCUUCCUUUAAUGGUUUCAACGGAUCCGAAGGGUUCUAA